CAACCGACGGGUACGAUGGACGGUUUCCAGGAGGCGGAUAUGACUUUCCGCAAGCAACAAACAGAUACUACGGUUACGGCGGCGGCGGCUCUCCGAAGGGCUACAACACCCAACGAGCGUACGCUUACGAGAAGGUAUACCCGGAAAAAAGAUACAGUACCAGCCAUGCUGUGGCCUACGAGAAGCACUACAACGACGACGACCACAGUCCCGGAGGAAGCUACAGGUCUUCCAGCUACGGGCCUUCCAGGGGCGGCUACGGACGAUCUGGUGGAGGAUACAGACCAUCUGGUGGAGGCUACGGGUCUGCGAGUGAGGGCUACGGAUAUCCACGGAGUGGCUACGAGUCCCAAUACGACUCCAACCCCGCGGCUACGUCUAAAGACAGUGCCGGUGGGAGGCCACAAAUGAGGAGCUACGUGUACAAGAACCCUUACGACAAGAGUACAAUGCGGGUCGUCGAAAUGCGCUCUGGGAGUCCCGGAGCCUCGUCGAGCCUUAGCAAGAUAUUUGCGAACCCUGGGAGCAUGGAAGGGUUUGUAGCUAACCUCAUGCGAAACGCCAAGGACGCUUUUCCAUUUUAACCGACUCAUUCUAUACCGGGUCAGACAAAUGAAUCAAACUCACGUUUGAAUAAGUUUAAAAUUCUACAGCACUAAUUCUGCUCGUAGGUGAAAAUACCUAACGUAUUUGUGAGAACAUUGAAGGAUAUAUUGAAGGGAAAAAGUUGCUUUAUUUAGAGUAAAAUAGUCAAAAAAUUUGUUUCUAUGAGCUGACGCUUCCUUAACUACAGGGUGUUUGUUUUAAUUCGAACAUAUUUGUUUUUUAAAUGGGUGGUGAGAGUUAAACGUGUUUUGUCUUCACCAUGUAUUUAUCAGUCUAGCGUCCAUUAGAUGAGAGGAUAAUCGUCCCGAUACGUUGAUAAUUAAAUAAAUUUCUUAAUUAAGUUUAUUGGUUUUGGUGGUCAUGUUCAAAUUGCAGUAGUGACGGAAAUUACUAUUAGAGGCCAGACCAAUUUAAAGAAUUGGCUAAAAGGUAAGGGUUUUUUACAUAUUAGUCUAUAAAUUUUGGCCCGAUUUAAAAAUUCCUCUAAAAAAGAGCGUCACAGCCCACAAUAGGCUCGUUCAAUUUCUCUGGACCUCCUGCAUCGGUGCAGAAAAGUGAAG